AAAGUGUGAUAAUUAUGAGCUUUUAAGAAUUAAUCGUUAGUGAACCAAUUAUUGUGCGUAUAAAAGGACUUUUUGUGAAUUUUUUUUGCCCUGACUCCGAAAGGGUUGUCAUUGAAAAAUAGAAACUUGGUUUAAUUUCGAAACCAAAGUGCGCAGAUUUUUUUCAAAAUGAAGGCAAAUGUAAUUUUGAAACUCGGAAUUUUAUUGAUAGGAGUUUCAUUCGUACAGUUUUCGACUGCCGGACCACAUGAUUUCGAUAUAUUAUUAUUCGCUCAACAAUGGACAAAAUCAUUGUGCUAUCAAUAUAAGAAGCCACCAAAUAAAUGUAAUUUACCGAAUCAUAAUGAUUGGACAGUGCAUGGAAUUUGGCCGAGUAAAUUAAAUGAAAGAGGACCGGAAAGUUGUAAGAAUAUUCCAUUUAAACCACAGGAUUUGGCGUCAAUAAAAGGUGAUUUGGAUUCACAUUGGUUGAGUAUUCAUGGACCAAAUGCAAAUGGAUUUUGGAAACACGAAUGGGAUAAACAUGGAACGUGCUCAGUUCCAUUGCCAAUUUUAAAUACGCAAUUUAAAUAUUUUCUAACGGGAAUAAAUUUAAAUAAACAAUAUAAUAUUCGACAAAUGUUGGAGGGCGCAGGUAUUACACCUGGACGUAGUUUUCCGAUAAAUACAAUUAUGAGUGCACUUAAUCGUGCAUUAAAAACAUCACCGCAAGUCACUUGCAUAUGGAGUGGGGGUCAUCAAUACAUUCAAGAAGUGAGAAUUUGCUUUGACAAACAAUUGAAGAUAACUAAUUGCAAGGGAAAACUUGCCUAUGAGACAAAUUGUAAUACCAAAUCAAAUGUCGUGUAUCCACCAAAAUAA